AUGAGUUCCAUCAAUCCAAUCAUCCCGGGUUUUGCACCGGAUCCAUCUAUAGUUUUGAUUGACGACACGUUCUUUCUGGUCAACUCAAGCUUUCACCUAUUCCCAGGUUUACCGAUCUACGCAUCGCCGGAUCUGGUCUCGUGGAGGCAGAUAGGGAAUGUAAUCAACAGACGCGCUCAGCUGAGUCUUUCCAAGGCUCCUACGGGCAUCUAUGCUCUGAGUCAACACGGAGACGUGUUGGUGGGCACAGGGGGUCUCUACGCUCCCACCAUAAGGUAUCGCGAUGGCACGAUAUAUGUUGUUUGUACCAACAUUAUUGCUCCGGCAGAUGGUUCCAUGGAACCUAGCAGCGAGAAUUUCAUCGUCUCAACGCAAGACAUCUGGUCGGACAAUUGGAGCGAUCCCGUCUGCUUCGACUUUCGUGGGAUCGAUCCGAGCAUAUUCUUCGACGACGACGGACGCAGUUUCAUCCAGGCUUCAGGUAACCCGCCGGGACCAAUGACCAAGAUCCACCUUUUCGAAAUCGACCUCAACACGGGUCAAAAGUUAUCCGAAGAGAGAAUGGUUUGGGACGGCACCGGCGGCGUGAAUCCAGAAGGCCCGCACCUUUACAAGAAGGACGGCUGGUAUUACCUCGUGAUCGCCGAGGGUGGCACUCAUUCCGGCCACAUGGUCACCGUUGCGAGGUCUAGAGCUGUCUUUGGACCCUACGAGGCAUUUGAAGGCAAUCCGAUCCUCACGGCGCGGGGCACGGACGAGUAUAUACAGUUCACGGGACACUGCGAGAUGUUCCAAGAUCGAGCAGGGAACUGGUGGGGGGUGUGUCUCGGGGUGCGGAAGGAUAGAGCAGGCCGCUUCAUCAUGGGCAGGGAAUCGUUCAUCACUCCGGCGAAAUGGCCAACAGGAGGCUGGCCCUCGUUGGAGCUUGUGAAGUCCAAUCCGGAAGGACUUGCUCGCCCCUCGUACCAGACUACUGCCCUUACUGCCAAACCGAUGGUCGAUUUCGUCUACAUCCGCGAUGCCAAUCUGGACGACUACGAAAUCUCAAACGGCGGCCGAGACAUCGCUCUCACGGCACGGGGCCGCGUCGACCUCCAAAGCCCCUCCGAAUCUCCAACGUUCAUCGGUAAGCGCCAACGUCAUCUGGACGGUAUCAGCUCGGUCGUCAUGACCUGCCCCUCGGCAAGCGACGACGUCAAAGCAGGACUGGCCGUCUACAAAGACGAACACCGCUACGCACGGAUCUUCUAUGAUAACGACAUCCGCGGGGAGACAACAGCCGUCAAAUUCGAAGUGCAAAACAAUGCACAAAAGAUCCACCGGACCAUGACGCAUGUCAUCGAGCCUCGAGACCGUCUGGCUUUUAGACUCACGUACACCGAGCAACAGUACCAGUUCUCGUACAGAGUACCGGAGACGCGGUCGUCGGUGGCGGGUUGGAUCUCCAUCGCCACUGUUGAUACCUUGGACUUGACGGAUCUGGAUUUUGUGGGACCUGUCAUCGGUAUCUUUGCUGUGGGUGCAAGAGACGAGACAACUACGGUCCGCUUUAGCGAUUUGGAGAUCAAUUAA